CCUACUCGUACUCUGAUAUAUUCCCCUCCUCCUCUCCUCCUUUUCCCCACCACCACCACUCGCACACAACCCUCUGUCACCCACCGUUUCUCCUUUUAGAUCUUCGGCUUCUCCCCCUCAAUCUCAAUCUCAAUCACUAUCCCAAAUUUUUCUCGCAGUCAUGAAUUUCCUAUUUCUUCACCAAACCUUUCAUCCAAACUUCUGUAAUUCCUAUUUCACUUUCUUGUAACACUUCCUACUUUUUCAUUUUCUUCUAGUUUUUUCCACUGCCAAGAUGUUUUGGGUAUCCAAAAUUUUAUCUUUAUAUUCAAGCUGUAAAGUUUAUUUCUUUUAGUCAGUCAAUGUGGUUCUUGAAAAUGUUUUUUGUCCACAAACUUACCAUCGUUGUAUUUAAUGUUUACACCUCUUAGUCCACUUUCUUGAUUUCUUUUCUUUUCACUUCUUUGGAUGUCAAAAAUUCUUGCAUGUGAAGAUGGAUCUAAUACAAUCUACAUCCGGUGGUGGUGUUGGCGGUCAGAUUUAGUGAUACCCAUUAAAACGGACUGCCGAGUUGAUUACGCCAAUGAAAAGGUCAGUUCGUCCACUCUUUAGCAUUCUGUUGCUGAUUGUGUUUGCUAUUACCCUUAGCUGCCGGAUCCUAAUCCGCCGUAGAGGCGGCGGUUUCAGCUCAAGUGAGCUCGAAACCAUUGUCAUAGUUCAACCACCAAUCCCAGUUUUCAACUCUACACUGCUGAAAUAUGCAGCUAUUGAUAUAGGUGAAGCUCAAGCAAAACAAGAAAUAGAGCAUUUGUUAGAAGGUAACUUUGCUAGUCAAGCAAGGUAUAGAACCUUUGCUUCUUGGCGAAGGUUCAAUCACCAUGAUACUAGAGCUAGCUCAUCCAGAGGCAUCCCUGUAAUGCUCAGGUCACCACAGUUCUAUCGAUAUUGGCUAGAUUUUAGAAGGGUACUGCAUGAUUGGGCUCGAGCCAAAAGAUAUCAAGCUGAUAUAAUGAAUGAGUUGAUAAGCCUGGUGAAGAAUCCACUUGAUGGGCAAAAAGGAUCAGUGGGUUCAAACAGCAAGUACAGUUCUUGUGCUGUGGUGGGAAACAGUGGGAUUCUGUUGAAAAAAGAUUAUGGGGAUUUGAUUGAUAGCCAUGAGAUUGUUAUCAGAUUGAACAAUGCAAGAACAGGAAGAUAUCAGCAACAUGUUGGGUCUAAAACUAAUAUCUCCUUUGUAAAUAGCAAUAUAUUGCAUCUUUGUGCCAGGAGAAUAGGAUGUUUUUGUCACCCAUAUGGGGCUAACGUCCCCAUUGUUAUGUAUGUUUGUCAACCUGUCCAUUUCUUGGAUUAUACCAUUUGUAAUUCGUCUCACAGGGCGCCCUUGAUUGUCACUGAUCCACGUUUUGAUAUAAUGUGUGCAAGGAUUGUGAAGUAUUACUCUUUGAAACGAUUCGUAGAGGAGACUGGGAAGUCAUAUGAUGAAUGGAGCUCUGCACAUGAUGGUUCCAUGUUUCAUUACUCUUCUGGUUUUCAAGCUGUAAUGCUGGCCCUUGGGAUUUGUGAUAAAGUUAGUGUUUUUGGCUUUGGAAAAUCAACUUUGGCUAAGCACCAUUAUCAUACUAAUCAAAAGGGCGAGCUCAAGUUGCAUGAUUAUGAAGCAGAGUAUGACUUUUAUCAUGACCUUUCGCAUACUCCUCGAGCAAUUCCAUUCAUUUCGGACAAGUUCCAGUUUCCCCCCGUGGUAAUUUAUCAAUGAAUUUUUGCCAGUUGGAUCUUUUGUUUCCAGCUCAAAUGCUGUAAUUGUAAUCACUUCAACAAGACAGUUGGAGAUUUCUGUUUCAUAUUCAUAUACCAUCCCAAGGUGAUUUACAAUCUGUUAGGCCAUUGCAUGAAGUGUUCCAACAGAAAACCAAAACGAUUGCAUGCACAUGAUCAUAUUAAAGCUACUACAUCAGAGAGAUGAUUUUAUGCAACAAAAUCCGUCAACUUCUCGGUGAGCUUCCGAUUAAAAUCCUUCUACACCAUGCAAGACAACAGCAGAAGCAUUGGACAAAAAGAUCUUCUUCCAGAGGAACAAAAAGCCUUCUUAGCUCACUUCUCCUUGUGGCUCUGCAGUGUCCAUCACAGCAUCCUUCUCCUCGUACUUGACUCCCACCAGGAACCUUAUUCUUGUCUGCAAUUCCAGCGAAGUAAUGAAUCUUGGAAGCUAAAUGGAAGUGUUAAGAGAGAACAUCAUUAGUACCUGUUUGGGAUCGUAGACAGCAUACUCAUUGUAUUCCAGGGGGCUAUCUUUAUGUUCCGACGGUAUCAAGCGACCACAAGGAACCUUGAUGUCACCUUCCCACAUGAAGUGUUCUGAUUCAUCUGUUUUCUUUCUCCCCAAUCCCUUUACUCCAAUCUUCUUCUCUUCUAAUGAUUUUGUAUCCUGAGUCAUCAAGUAGAGAAUUUUUAGGAAUCUUGUUUGUUAAUACAAAUUACAAUUUAGAAAUGGAAACCAACUUGCCUCUGGUACGCU